AUGUCGCAAACAAUAGGCAAGACACGUCUUGCCUACUCCCGCACAUGGCACUACAUCGAUGUGGGUUCCGAUUCUCGGUCACUGGGACGAAUUGCCUCCUCCAUCGCCGUCUUCCUGAUGGGCAAACAUAAACCCAUCUACGACCCAUCCACCGACUGCGGCGACUACGUGGUGGCCUGCGGCUGCCACGACAUCCAUGUCACGGGCAAGAAACGCCAGCAGAAACAAUACUACACACACAACACGCGGCCGGGCUCGCUCAAGCAGAUGAGCAUGGAGAGGAUGAUCGAAAAGUGGGGUGGUGGAGAGGUGUUGAAGAAAGCUGUAAGGGGAAUGUUGCCCAAGAACCGGCUGAGGGAUAAACGGUUGGCAAGAUUGAAGGUUUUCGAAGGCACCAGCCAUCCGUAUAAGGCCAAUAUUGUGAGGUUUGCAGGGAAGCCGUUUACGGGUGACAAGCCUGGACCAGUCAUGCAAGCCAUCGAGGCGAGCAAGGAGAUGAAAGCGAGUCCUUAA